AUGAGUGACUUGGAAAACUCCCUGGCAACCAUCAUUGAGGUGUUCCACAAGUACUCUGAGAAAGAAGGGGACAAGCACAAACUAAAGAAAAGUGAAUUAAAAGAACUGCUUACCAGUGAAUUACCAACCUUAACAGAGCAUGUGAGAGACCAGGCCACCAUGGACAGUCUCUUUGAAAGCUUGGAUACGGACGGAGACUCCGAGUGCGACUUCCAGGAAUUUAUGACCUUCGUCACCAUGGUUACCAUCUGUUGCCAUGAGUUCUUUGAACACCAUGAGGAUGAGUAA